GGAAGAAAAAAAGGAAGCUUUCCCGAUAGGUCUCGUUGUGUACAAAGUUCCACAAAACUUUUUCCCGACUCGAGCCCUGGAGGGAAUUGCAAUGCUGAGGGGGCAGAUCUGAAGACUCCCAACAUGUCCUCCAACCUGGACUCCAGUCUCACCAGCAUCGACUGGCUGCCCCAACUGGGAGUCAGCAGCCUGCGCUCAAGUAGAGACAGAGGAGCAGAGAGGGAGAAGAGGAGGGACCGAGGAGGGGAGAGGGGGGACUUGUUGGGUUCGGCGCAGGACCCGUCCCUGGCGAACACCAAAGGCAAGCCCCCGCACAGCUAUGCCACCCUCAUCGCCAUGGCCAUCACAGCCGCGCCGGAGAGGAAGUUGAGCCUGAAUGACAUCUACACCUGGAUCAGUGACUCCUUUCCUUACUACAGUCGCACAGGCCGCGGAUGGAAGAACUCCAUUCGGCACAAUCUGUCCCUUAAUAAAUGCUUCAGGAAAGUUCCUCGUCCGUACAACGACCCUGGCAAGGGAUCCUACUGGACAAUGGAUGGCCCUACGGUGUUAAAUCAAGGCAGGGCGCCCAAACGCCCCCAUCCAGAGGAGGAACAGGAAAGGCGUGAUGUUCCACAAAUACUAGCAAGAGGCCACUCUCCUCAUCCAGCUUCCCACAAAGAAGGGGGUGUACCUAUUGAAAAGUCCCUGCAGCAGCCCCCCCGACCUGCCUCCCUCUCUCCUCCCCCAUGCAAGCAACCAUACACACCAGCUCCCGCUCCCCCCAGACCUAAUCCCACUCCCCCUAUCCCCCUUCUCUCUGCUGCCAGUGCCUGUCCAACAUUCCGUGCCCACUCAGGACCGGAAUGUGCUCCGUCUUCCUCUUCUUCCUCUCAUCCCAGCUCCUCGGCUCUCGCUUUUUCUUCCCCUUUUCCUUUACCCGUGACCACCCCUUCCUCAGCGGGGUCAGGACACCCCACGGCAGACCCCCCGCUGCGAUUCACCUUCGACGAGAUGAAUUUACCCGACUUGUACGCGUCCUUUAAGUCUCUCUUCAAGAGUAUGAGGGGGAGAGGAGGCUCACAAACGGAUUCUGCCCCUGUGCCGAUGCCGAGCAAUGACAUCACCCCGCUUCACACCCCGGUUCUCCUGCCCAUGUCUCCUCACCAUGCAGCACCCCCACCCCCAACAGUCGCACCACUUGCACCACCUGCGCCCCCAAGCGACUCAGUGCGGGUUACACAACACACAGUGCCAGCAGACUGGUUCACAAGCACAGACUCGCUGAAGGAGAGCUUCCGCAUCGCCAGCAACAUUGACUGGGCCAACAUUGACCUCUCUGGUCACCCAGACCUGCUGGAGAGCAUGCGCCAAGCCGAGCUUUGUGACUGGGCCCUGGACCCGGCGCUCUUCACUUCCCUGUGUGACUCCCUCAACCGCUUCUUUGCUCAGAAAGGCAUGCUGACCUCGGGGAGUCCCUCUCCGCUGGCCCUAGCCGGGCAUCACCCCUCGCAGGCGCCACCUUUCUCCUUCAACCCGCUCCAUCUCGUCGCCCAUCCCUCGUCCUUCCACUACGGCCCCGCCAACGGUGUGCUGCCACCACGCAGGCCUCUUCAUGCGCAGAGUCACAACCUUCAUCGGACCCCCCACACACAACCUGCCAAUACAGCUGGUAAUGCAUCUUCUGGUGCUGUGCAGCCACACGCUACGCCACCACGACCGCGUCCUCCUUUCAAGAGUCUCCACAGCAAUAGCGAGGAGAUCCAGGAUGACUUUGACUGGGAUUCUCUACUGGUCUGAAUAACAUGACAUCGGCAACCAGAAGAGAAGUGAACUGUUGAACCAACCAAUUUUUCCUCGCCGUUUUCUUAUGAAUCGUCUUUGAAAUUGUCAUGUCAAUUCAUAUGCAUGACUAACUGCUUCUUGCUGCAUGUAUUCUGCAAAUAAUCACUGGUGUGUAUUUUUGUGUUGGAUUUAAAAAGCAAUUUGAUCAAGGAAAAUAAAAUAUACAUUUAUUCUUGUCACAUUAUUGUACUCUGCAGCAGUAAAAAUUGCAAAUAGGAUAAAGACAAAGUACAGCACAAGCAUGAAACCAGCCAAAACCCCACAUCCUGUUUGCUUUUUGUUUUUAAACAUCUUUUUCAUUUUGUCAAAUGUGAAUGUUCACAGGCAACAGCACACGAUCCAAGUAUAAGAUUUUUUUCUUCUUCUCGAUAUAAAAUCUGUAAAUUAAAAGAACAGCAUGGA